UUUUUUUUUUUUUUUUUCUGUUUUACCACAUUUUAGUUCAGAACAAUCUGUAUAUAUGGUGUUAUUCUGCUGCUAAUUGGAUCAACUUGUUCUGCUAAUUCCGUUCAUCGGAAUUUUGUAGUUUCAUAUUCACACAUUGAACUUGAGACACCUUGAUGUAUGGACGAUAUUAAGAAUAUGUAUAAUCCGUGAUCGAUGACUAUGAGUACGUCUACGUACAGUCCCUGAAACGUCUCCUUUGUCCGCAUCUUCUUAUCUUCAAUGACCAAAAAAGUUUCCCUCUAUUCGAGUUCCGCCCAGCCCGCUGUACUAAAUCUUCCUCUGCUUUCGAGUUCCCUCUGCAGCUCCGUCCGCCGGCGUCGACUGGAUCUCUUCUCCUCCACCACCGUCGGCCAUUAAGCUUUCAGGGACGCGUUCUCUUUUUGGGUGCGGUCAGCACAUCACUCGUACUCCCGACAGCAUUCAUCACAGCUCUGCUGCCGCACCGACCACCACGAGACCAUUGCAACCGAACACGCCGCCACCGACCAGGUAAUGAACCGUUACUCUCACCCUAUAUUUUCGAAUCAUUUCCCUGUCUGGGCCCUGUUGAUUUUCUCCCUUCUUUGCCAUUCAUCACAUUUCUGGGCCUAUGUUUGAGAGACAUGUGUCAGUGACGUUUUUACUUAUCAAAAAAUGUUUGAGAGACAUGCAUGUACAAUCUGAUUUAGGCCUGGCAGGAGAGAAGUAGAGAGCCAAGAAGGACUUGACCGAAGGCCGAGCUAAAAGCGUAUUGCUUUCACAGCAAAAUGUCGGCAAUUUCAUUCUUGGCUCAACCCCACUCUCUGUCUCUUCAUGCAAGACACUUCGAACAAAGUGGUAUUCGUCGAUAUUCGUCUAUGCACCAUUUUCACAUGCCACAUGCUAUUCCUCUUUCCAAGUAUAAUUAAGCUUAAACAGAAAAGACCCAAUUCGGCCUUACCUAUUUCCUAAUUUCAACAUAUCGGAGAUGAAUUAUUUUUAAUAAAUGGUUCCCUCCCUGCUUAGCAGCAAUGGCAGGAGGAAUAGAAACACAAAUGUCUAUCUGCCCCUCCAAAGCAUCUUAUCUGCUCAAAAUCAUUUUUAUCCUAUAACAAAUAGAAAUUCACUGCCAAAAUCUAUAAACAUAGAUAUGUCAUGGCACGCUAUUCGCCCCUGCAGUGUCCAUUAUAGAGCCAAAAUGACAAACUUCUCAAGAAAACUUGACUAAGAACAUGAUCAAACACAUGUCAUCAACUUCUCAACAGGCUUCUCACAUGGGACUUUCAUCAAACACAUUUCAUUCAUUGCUUGAAUAAUUGUAAGGAAGUUUCCCAAGACGCUCCUCCACAAGCUUAUUUCCAAUUUGACAAACAUCAUAUACUCCUUUACAAAACAAAAUUUCUUCCCCUAUAUCGUUUCUUAAGAUGAAAAUGUACUGUGAAAUCUCAGUUUUUCUGUAUGAAUUAAUACAUAGCAAAUUCUAGCUUAUUGGUAUGUUAAAGACAAUAUUAGAAAUUUGGAAGAAACUUCUUUAAAAAGAAAAAAAAAAAAAAAAAUUGGAAGAAACCAAUGAAACAAAUUUGGUAUACGAACCUCUCCUGUAAGACCCUUGAGACUGCACAAGCUAUGUCUCUGCUCAGUGGCUGGAACGCUUCAGGGACGUUGCACACCACAAGCCUCUCAAUAUGCACUGUUUCUAUACGUAUGGCGUCUCUUGCGGCACCUUUUCCACUUAAAUGAAAUGACUUGUUUCAUACCCUACGCGGCUGUCUCCACGUCAGGGGUGCGCGGGGUCUCCACUGUGUGGGGACUGCAUUUAGAAUUAUUCCCGUUGGGUUUUCCCUUCCAAGCUUCUUCCCAUCUCUCAAAACUAUUGUUUUUCCAACUCCAUGUUUCUCUUCCUCUUUUUUUCUUCACUUUCUGUAUAUCUAACUUUCUUACUUCAAAUUAAAUUAUCAUACAAUCCCUUGAUGCCUAUGGAUGCAGCAAGAGAGAGAAGCCCCCUAUCGGCUCCCCUUGGUUGAACUUCCUUUUGUCCUCUCCUAGGGUGGAAGUAACUUUUUUUUUUUUUUUAAUGGUUAUUUUUCCCAUCCAAGAGAACUCUCAACUCAAACCUAAAGCUUUCCAUCACAUUCCUUCAUCCAAGCUCAGUCCAGGCAUUUUCGCCUCACUGUAUGUCACCAGGAAUGGCGACACAAUCUGAGCGAUUCUCUCUAGAUUUUCUAAUGGGAGGAGUAGCAGCAAUAAUAUCAAAGAGUGCAGCUGCACCAAUCGAGAGAGUUAAACUUUUGUUGCAAAAUCAAGGAGAGAUGAUAAAGAGAGGUCAGCUCAAGAGACCAUAUACAGGUGUUCGCGAAUGCUUUGGACGGGUCUUGAGAGAGGAAGGUCUGUUGUCUUUCUGGAGAGGUAACCAGGCAAAUGUCAUACGAUAUUUCCCUACUCAGGCUUUCAACUUCGCAUUCAAAGGUUACUUCAAAAGUGUUUUUGGACGCUCAAAAGAGAAGGAUGGAUACAUAAAGUGGUUUGCCGGUAAUGUGGCUUCAGGAAGUGCUGCUGGAGCUACUACCUCAUUGUUUCUAUAUCAUUUGGAUUAUGCACGUACUCGACUUGGCACUGAUACAAGGGAUGGUCAACGACAGUUUAAAGGGCUACCAGAUGUAUACAGAAAAACCUUGUCAAGUGAUGGAAUUGUAGGCCUGUACCGGGGUUUUGGGCCUUCAAUCAUUGGCAUUACUCUGUAUAGAGGCAUGUAUUUUGGGAUCUAUGACACAAUGAAGCCGAUUAUUUUGGUUGGACCUUUCGAGGGUAACUUCUUUGCCAGUUUCUUGCUGGGUUGGAGCAUCACAACAGCCUCUGGCAUCUGUGCAUAUCCCUUUGACACUCUGCGACGGAGAAUGAUGAUGACCUCUGGACAACCUGUAAAGUAUCGCAAUGCCAUGCAUGCUUUCCUUGAGAUCAUUCACCUUGAGGGUUUCACUGCGCUGUUCCGUGGAGUUACCGCAAAUAUGCUUAUGGGGAUGGCAGGGGCCGGUGUACUUGCAGGAUACGAUCACCUUCAUCGAAUUGCAUCCAGACAUGGUUAUAAUUGACAAUGGUUUUAAUUUUGAGCCGCAUCAAAGAGUUCUAAAGCGAGUCCUGGCCUUAUGAUUUGUAUAUUAACGUGCUUUAUCGAUUGUUUACCCAAGAAAGGUCCAUUGAAAAUGGUAAGAAGAAAAGAAAAUAAUAUGAUCAGAUAUAUUUGAAGUGGUUCACUGCCUGAUGUUACUUCUGGUGCCUUAUUUUCCUCUAGUUUUUUAAGAGUUUUGCCGACAAGUCGAGGUGUAAACACAUUUCUUAUUGACGGACUCACUGUAGUUGUAAGAAAAAGAAAGUCAAAAUACAAAGUUAUGCUUUCACAUC